GCAUCAUCUGGGAACGCGUGCUCAACCCAUUGCAAAACCUGGUUCAUCGAUGAUCUCAUCCGAUCAACCCUCACGAACGGCAUGUUGAACCCCUAUGACUAUCAGCAUAUCACCUCUUCGCGAGCGUCACCCAUCGGCAGACAUAUAAAGGAUCCUCGUGGUCCGCGUCCCCUACCGACUGUCAAUCAGGCUUCAUCGCUUCCUUUCCUUCAAACCUGACAGUUGCAGCUCUCAAGCUCCUCAUCCUUUCUUUCCACAACACUUAGAACAACAAUUACUGCAAUGAAAUUCCAACACGUCGCACCGGUGUGCCUUGCGGGCUGUGCCCUGGCCUUGCCGACUCCGGUCGAGAAGAGACAGGAUCUCUCCGACCUCCUUCCCUUCCCUAUCCCAAGCGGUCUAAUUCCGACUGGCCUUUCCCUUCCGUCUGGCCUCUCCCUCCCCUCAGGCCUACCUAGCUUCUCUCUGCCUACGGAUCUGUCCGACCUAGGCUUGAAGCGCCGGGACGUGCCUUUCUCUCUGCCCUCUGGUGCUGCACUCCCUACAGACUCGCAAGGACUGUCUCAGCUCCUGCCAUCUGGUCUUCCCGACCUGUCCGGCCUCGGCAUCACCCUUCCCACCGGACUUCCAUCCGAGAAGCGCCAAUUCGGCGGUGGUGAGGCCCCUGGAGGCGGAUCCUCUGGUGGUCAAUUAUUCGGCGGUGGCUCGGGAGGCCCGUCCCUCGGCGGCGGCGGCGACUCCUCCGGCUCAUCCUCCAGUCCCUUCGGAGGCCUAUCCGGCUUGGGUGGUAGUGGCUCUUCCUCCUCCCAAUCCGGCGGCUCGCCCUCACCCUCCAGCGGCUCAUCCUCUGGCGGAAUUCCCGACUUCCUCAGCGGCCUCGGAGGCUCCUCCAGCGAAUCUUCUAGCUCUGCCCAGCCCUCCAGCGGCAGCCCUCUCGGCGGACUCUCCGGUAUCUUUGGCGGGCUCGGAGGCGACUCUUCCCAGUCUUCUAGCAGUCCUUCCAGCUCCUCUCAACCCUCCAGCAGCGACCCUCUCAGCGGGCUCUCCGGUAUCUUUGGCGGGCUCGGAAGCGACUCCUCCGAGUCUUCCAGCGGCCCCUCUAGCUCCUCCCAGCCCUCCAGUAGCGACCCCUUCGGCGGACUCUCCGGCAUUUUGGGCUCUCUCGGGGGCGGCUCCAGCUCCUCCUCGUCCACCGGUGACUCCUCCGCCCCGGCUCAGCCCAGCGGCGACGCCCCCCAGCCCGAAGCAAGCGGCAGUGCCCCCCAGCCCAGCGCUGCCUUCCCCAGCAUCAGCCUUCCUGAGCCCAGCAGCAGCUCUUCCGACUCCAGCGACAGCGACUCUUCAUCCUCCGCAUCGGACUCCGAGCCCUCUCUCAGCCUUCCGACUCCGUUGUCGUUCUCGCCCGGUGGUCUGAACCUCCCGGCUCCUUCGUCUAGUUCGGCUAUUCCGUCCAGCUCGGCUGUUCCUACUAGUGGGGCUGUGCCGACUGCGCCGUCUUCGUUUAAGCAGUUCUUUGCUUAAAGGAUCGACACGGCUUAUUAACAAAAUGGUG